UGCCAGCACUUGAAUGCACCACCAGACAUACCACCAAAACACAACAUGUCCCGGAUUUUCACGGUGCCGUUGCCAUGGAGCUGAGUUUGUUUCUUUUCGCCGGUUUACACAGAGUGAAAGGUUGUGCUUUAAAAUAAAGUCAAGACUUUGUGGAGAAUUUGACUGUCCUCGCUGCCCAAACGUGCAGGGUAUGUGAAUACAAAAGUGCGAGGCUUUUUCGAGUUGUCAAGCACGGUAAGAAGCGCGUGCCAAAUAAGGAGACGCACGGUGACAAGCUAAUGUAAUUUACAUUAAACCUAGCUUAAGUGUGCAGAUGGCAAUGAUGGCUGAAGGUACAUCACUCUAUAACGGCUUUUAAUUCAAUUCAAUUCAAAUGUUUUAUUUCUGUCGUGUAUGAGGCUUAUUCGGCCCUCUGACGCCAUGAUGAGUGGCAGAGUGGAGGAGGACCGCCUGCAGGUCCUUCAGAUCUACCGCCUGCUGCAGUGCGUCCGUAAAGGGGAUGAGGUGCAGAUAGAGAAGAUGGUGAACCUUGGAGUGAAGAACCUCAUCAAUCUCACCGAGCCACAAGACGGCACAGGAGUGCUUCACCUGGCAGUUACAGCCAACAAUCAGGACUUGGUCCGCUUCCUUCUCUCCCAGGGAGCAAACCCUAACAUCCAGGACAAAAUGGGCCGCACCCCGGUAAUGUUAGCUGCUGAGCUGGGCAAUGAUGCCAUAGUGACACUGCUGGCCCAGAGCCACGCUGAUCUGAGACUCCAAGACACUGAGGGCAAAGGUGUGCUAUUCUACUGCAUCUUCCCCACCAAUCGCCACACCCGCUGCCUGCAGGUGGCACUGAAAGGCCAGGCAGACGUCAACAAUGUGUCAGCGCUGGGGACUCAUGUCUUCCAGUUGAUGUGUGAAAAAGCCCAGGAGUGCACCACCAUGUGUCUCAUCAUGCUGCGUGGAGGGGCAGAUCCCAAUGCAACAAAUCAGAAAACCGGCGUCACAGCGUUGAUGGAGGCAGCCAAGGCCGGCUCCCUGCAGCUCCUUAGAACCAUUCUGAAGAGAGGGGGAAACCCCAAUGCCCUGGAUAGAAAACGCCUCACAGCUGUACACUAUGCUGCCAUGGGGGACUUUUUUGAGUUGAUUCAGGUGCUGUCUGCAUACUCAGCAGACAUGGGCGUGAUCAACCUCGAGGAGUGCACACCCCUGCACUACGCUGCUGCCAUCGGCAACGCUAACUGCUGCAAGUUCUUGGCACAGAGAGGUUGUAACCCCAAACUGAAGAACCAUGAAGGUUUCCUGCCACGUCAUAUUGCCAAAGACGCUGGGAACAAAGCCGCAGUCAAGGAGCUGAAGAAAGCAGAGCGGCAGCAGGGAAAAGGAAAAAAAUCCAGCAGUGUCAGCCUCAUGUCCAAUCUUGGGGGCCUGACCCUCCACGACUGGUCUCAUGAGUACGAGACGGAAUUACGGCAAGCCUUUGGGAACAACUCAGACACAGUUACCACCGAGAUGUUUAUUUCAGUGUUGGAAGAACUAAAAGUUCCAGUUGAACUAGACCAGAUCCACAAAGUCAUCUCAGCCCAUGACAAGGGAGGAGAAGGGUGCAUCAACAUUAAUGAUUUCAUCAAAGGUGUCAAGUACAUCCCGAAACCAUUCCUCCUCUCCUCUUAUAUGCCUAAAAAGAAAAAGGGAGAGAAGGGAGGAAAAGGAGGUAAGAAGAAGGGUAAAUUUGUCCUCCCCCUGACCAUUUGCACCCUCCCGCCGGAGCUCAUGCCCCGCAGACCAGACGGAGGCCCACCCCACUUCAUGAUCGAGACAUACUACAACUGCUCAGACAUCCGGCGAUUUGAUCGUGACCACCCGCCAGAACAUCCUAUAAUGAAUGACUCAGGAUGGUACAUAGAAAAGCCAGAGAAGGUGUACGUCAAUAUUAAUUACUGUGUGAAAAGUGGAGACCUGGAGUCUCUGGACCUCGCUCUCAAUCAGGGGGUUCCUGUGGAUGUUCAAGAUCAGUUUUACAAGACCCCGCUGAUGGUGGCCUGCUCCAGUGGCAACUACAAGGUGGCGCAGUAUCUCCUCGAUCAGGGGGCCGAUGUGAAUGUGUGUGACCAGUUCUUCUGGACGCCCCUCCACCACGCGGCUCACGCUGGCCAAGUGGAGCUUAUUGAACUUCUGGUGCAGGCCGGGGCAACCAUAGAUGCCCGGGCCCUCAGUGGAGGCACGCCCCUCAUGAGGGCCAUCCAGAGCUCUCGACCCUCCUGUGUAGACGUCCUCAUCAAGGCGGGUGCCAGUGUCAAUGCAGAGAACAAGAAAGAACAAAACUGCCUUGACAUCGCCAGAGCUUUUGCAGACUCCAGGAUAAUUGACUUGGUCCAAGACAAGAUGGAUUCUCUGCCUAAACUGAAGGAGGGAAAGGGAAAGGGGGGCAAAGCUGAAAAGCCUAAACCUGCAAAAAGAAAGAGUGUUGCUGCAGAAGGUGCAGAACACGCAGAGACAUCGACGGCAACAGCAGACAACACUCCUCCUCAGAAGGAUUCAAAGAGCGUCAUCCUGCAAAACACUAGGAUCAGCACAGGGAAAACCAACACUGUGGAUAUCACCUUUGUGCCAAAAACGGUUUGGGGGAAGCCGCCCACCACCAGCCAGCUGAUGUCAAAGAUAGAGACACGGAAGCGAUUAUCCCUCGAGUUGGACUUUGACGACUUCAUGAUGCCUUUCAGCCAGAACAUCCAGAGGAAAACGCUGGAGCCGGCAAUAACCACAGACUACACUGAAAGGAGAUUAGGCAGCAAGAGACACUCAGACAUUUUGGAAUCAUAGUCUGUUACCUGAGCUGGUUGGCCACAUGUGACAAUUAUACACAUUGGAUUUACUUUGGAAUAAUACAUUUUCAUCACAGCUGCUUUAAUAGGACAUCAUGUUACUAAAAAUCUUUAGUAUCAGAACAAUGUCAAUACAUAGUCAGAAACUGUUAGAAGGACAGUGCAUGUAACUUCAUCACGCUAACUUACCAAAUGAAGAGCUGCUUUUAUUACUAAUCAAACGACAAAGUCAUGAACAUGAUAAGAAUGUGAAUACUCUCUUAAAAAUAAAGAUAUUUCUUAUGUACACACCAUCCAGUGCUGUGUAUCCACAACACUAAGACAUGUGCACAUGCAUACAGAAUUGGUAGCUACUGUACUUACUCUGUCUAGAAUCUCAUGACCCUGAAAGUUAGAAGGAUGUAGCAGGUUCACAGUUUUCCAAGUCUAUCUUAGACUUGUCAGGUUUUUCACACUGUAAUUAUUCCUCCUGUUCAUACUGGACAUUAAAACACUUCAUUUGACUAACUCAGAACAAGGACUGUAUAUUUUGGCCCCCACCACAUGCAGGGAUAUCUUAAUGACCGAGAGGAAUGAUUAAAGCAAGCACAACCCGUUACAAUGUUCAUAUGGGCACCUUGUUUUAAGACAGACGUGAAACAUUGAAAUAUCCCGAUAGGUCCACUAAAGUAAAACCUUAAUCACAUUACACUUGGUCAGCGCCACUUACUCAGUUAGAUGGAAAUCAUAUGAGGUAUCCAACAGUUUUAGUGUUGCAGGCUGUAACUUAAUUAAAACUGGGAGCAGAGAAGAGGGGCACAACUCUGCUCUAAGUUCAUACUGCAGUUAGAAGUCGUUUAAAAUCCUCCCCUGACUGCAGUGGCUGGAGCUCCAUGCGACAUGUACAGUCUGUUAGAAGUGUCAGGAGGAAGCUGCGGAGGAGAGGAGGGGACAGAGGCGGCUGGCUCAUAUAAUGAAUAACUUCUCGCUCUUUAUUUCUUUC